CAAAACGGCAUAGUAGUCAGCGCCCCCAACAGUAGUUGAUUAAGAAAACGCAAAAAAUCAUCGGUGAAAAACAAAAGAAAACAUGUUCUGGUCUGCCUAACUUCCUGUUCGCGAAAAACACCCUUCCCUUUCUCCGCAAUCUCCACCGACGAUGGAAGACUUCAGAUCCAAAUCCUACGGUGACGGCAGGAUGCAGAUUGAGCCCUACCAUGGAACUGGCAUGCAAGAUCUCCGCUGCUACAGCGCCUCCUACGCCUCUUCCGUGCACCCAACCCAAACCCAAACCCAAACCCAAACGACAAACAACAACAUCAACGAUGCCAAGUUCAAGAAGGGGAAAUCCACAAACGGGUCCACAUCGAAAAGUUGGAGCUUCAGUGACCCCGAGUUGCAGCGUAAAAAGAGGGUCGCCAGCUACAAGGUGUAUUCUGUGGAAGGAAAACUGAAAGGGUCUCUUAGGAAGAGUUUUAAGUGGCUCAAGGACAGGUGCAACAGAGUCGUCUAUGGCUGGUAAUGACAAUUACCACUUCUUUUCUCAGCUGGGUGGGUGUGGUGUUUCAUAUUAUAUAUAACAAUAAUUUAUAUUUUCUAUCAUAUAAUUUAUAAUUUAUUUGCUGUUUAGUCUUUAUUUAUGUGCCUGCUAAAAGUACACAUAAAGAAUGUAAUAUGGAAGAGAAAUUGUGAUUCUUGUCUUCAUUUA